AUGUCUACACAACCAGCGAUCCCAGAUUCGGAGCUCAAAUCGCUCGCCUCGGAAGUCAAGAAGAAGUUCGACGUUGCGAUAGCCGAAGGCGAUGCGUAUUUCUACCCUUCCGAGAAGAUCACGUUGCAAGAGUCGGAGGCCACCGGCGUACUAUGGCAGAUCCGCACCGUGCCUGCGCUGCUGAAGAAGCCCAAAGCCAACGACUCGACUCAAUCACAGACCGAGCAGCAGCAGAAGAAGGAGGAGGAAAGCAACAAGCCGUCGCAGAACAAGUCGGACGUCUUUGCGCCGCCCUACGUGCCCAACCUGCACGUCAAGAAUCUUGGCCCGGACCACGUUAUGCUGCUGAACAAGUUCUGCGUCGUCCCCCAACACUUCCUGAUGGUCACCCGGGAGUUUGCAUCUCAAGACCUGCCACCCGCGCCAUCGACGCUCGCACUUGCGUACCGCAUCGUCUCAGCCCACCGCGGAAGCAGCACCGAGCUGCUAGCAUUCUACAAUUGCGGUGCCACAGCGGGGGCCUCCCAGCCGCAUCGCCAUUUGCAAUUCGUCCAGUGCCCUCCGCUCGACACGACCAGCCAGGAAGCAGUCGAUGCAGGGCGUUUGAGCGAAGAAGACCAGGAGCGGGUGGUCGAAAGCGAGCACAAGGUGCCCAUCGAGUCGCUGCUCGACCGCAUCGAACGCGAUGGCAAGGAGGAGAGUUGCGUCCACGCCCUCCCACUGCCAUGGCAGCACUUUGUCGUCCUACUCAACCCUCCCAUGUCAGCAAAGAAGGACGAAGGCGAGAUGGAGAGGUAUAUCGGGAACAAGUUCAUGACGCUGCUAGACGCAUUGUUUCGCGCGCGUAUGUUCGGGGAAGGGGAGAAGAGCGGUAAGCCCGCGUUCAACGUGCUGAUCACAAAGAGGGCGAUGCACGUCGUACCACGGUCCAGGGAGGAGUACGAAGAUCUGCCAGGCAAGACGGAGGACGGAAAGGUAGGAAAGCUGUCGAUCAACUCGUUGGGCUACGCGGGCUUUAUGCUGAGCAGAUCGAGGGAGGAGCAGGAGGCACUGGGGAGGGUAGAGGGUGGUGUAGAGGAGGUGCUCAGAGUCACGGGCGUGCCGCCGGUAGAGGAUCUCACCGUGCAGGCUGGACUGCCGACCACAAACAUGUGA